AUGAAAAUCACAAAGAUCUUUUAUUUCUUUGCCGCCUUAUUGGCCUUAAACUUCAUUGCCCCAAACUACUUUAACGGAUAUGUAGAAGCAAAGAAAGCUUUAACACCAGCUGAAAAGAA